AGAGCUGCUGUUCGGCGUCUGUCCCAAACUCCUCAGAGCUCUGUGAUACUUUCACCCUGCAGCAGCAGCAGCAGCAGCACAUGCAUAAAGAAAGGGAACAGUAGGAUCCCAGCGAACACCUGGCAUGAAUCCCGUGCACGGCCACUAUCCCACUAAUGCCUUGGAAAAUACACGGGCAAGCGACCUAAAGUGAGGGCAACCAAACAAGGCGAAGCAGGCCAGAGAGAGUGGGUGACGACAGACAGUUUGAGAAGAGGACUUGACUUCAUUGUGUACAUUCCAGUUCAUACCAUCGAUUGGAAAAAUGGUGGCUGUACACGUCCAUUUCUUCACAGUGUUCCAGCUGUGUUUAGUACGCCUGGCCCAUGGUGGGGCGUAUUAUGGACAAAAGCAGCCACAUCAACAGCACCAGCCCCUUCCACAGCACAACGAUGGGUAUCCUCAGCAACAAUUUUUGGGGAACGAAAUGCCACUCAUGCCAUUACUGCCACAGUAUGGAAAAGAGCUUCCCCAGCUGCCUUUGCAAAAGGGCAAAGAGAGGCCACUGAUUGAGGGCAAAGGACAAACAUUCCCUAGAGGGGCCAAAGGCCCGCUCCCUUCUGGCCCUGGUGGAGAAGGUCUCAGAGAGGGACCUCAAGGAAUUCAGGGCCCCCCUGGACCAACUGGACCACCAGGACCGCAAGGCCCUGCUGGACAACCAGGCCAGGGAUUGCCAGGGUUACCAGGAAAAGCAGGGUCUCCUGGUACACAAGGAUACCCAGGAAUUGGAAAACCUGGCAUUCCAGGAUUGCCAGGAAAACCUGGAGGACCAGGAUUACCAGGACCAAAAGGUGACCUUGGUCCUAGUGGGGGUGAAGGACCAACUGGACUUUCUGGGCCUGCUGGGCUUCCAGGUCCCCCUGGACUCCCCGGGAUCUCCAAAAUAGGAGGCCACGGCCUUCCAGGACAGACAGGUCCUCUAGGAGAGCCUGGUCAAAAGGGUCCGUCAGGGCUACCUGGUCCCCCAGGCCCCAAGGGAGACAAAGGACUUGGUCUACCAGGUUUGCCAGGUUUGAAAGGACCUGGAGGACCACCAGGUCCACGUGGACAUGUGGGCAUCUCUGGCAUUGGUAAACCUGGCCUCAAUGGUCCACCUGGACAACCAGGAAUACCUGGAAAAUCAGGUCCUCCUGGAGAGCCAGGGUGGGCAGGACCACAAGGUGAAACAGGUCUACCAGGACCACCAGGCAUACCAGGUAUUGGAAAACCAGGAAAUGAUGGUUUUAGAGGUCAACCAGGGAUCUCUGGAGGGAAAGGAGAACCAGGUCCUCCUGGUUUACCAGGGAGUCCAGGCUUGCCAGGUUAUGGUAAAUCAGGGUUUCCAGGACCUAAGGGUCACAAGGGUCAUGCUGGUCUUCCUGGGCCUCCAGGCCAUAAAGGCGAUAAAGGUCAUGGAGGUUUUCCAGGGGUUAGUGGUGCCACUGGUCAUAGUGGUAUGCCUGGCCCACCAGGUCCUAUAGGGCCUUCUGGUAGUCUAGGCUUCCCAGGACAAAAAGGAGAGAAUGGCGUUGGGGGACCAAAAGGAAAUCCUGGAAUAAAAGGUGAUUUAGGGCCUUCAGGUCUUCCAGGUCAGUCAGGUCGAUCAGGAGAGGGUGGACAACCAGGAACAAGAGGUUUACAGGGGCCUAUUGGCCCAAAAGGAGAAGCUGGUGUUAGGGGUUUACCUGGUGUCCAUGGUGCUGCAGGAUUACCGGGACCAAGAGGAGAGGGAGGACAAUCUGGAGAGACAGGCCAUCAGGGGCCCCAGGGAAUUCCAGGUCUUACAGGACCAGGGGGACCAAUUGGACCUCCUGGACUGCCAGGGCAAAAAGGCGAAUCAGGAAUGCAUGGUAAACCUGGCUAUCCUGGUGAUGGAAAGCCAGGACCUGCUGGUCACAUUGGCCCUCAAGGUAACCCUGGUCCCAGUGGCCCCCCUGGACUUCCAGGGCAACCAGGACAACCUGGACUCCCUGGCCCUCCAGGACAAUCCGCUGUAUCGCCUGACCUUGGACAGAUCCUCCCUGUGACCGGUCCAUACAGUGGCCAAAGACAAGGCUACAGGAAACAGAAGAAUGGAGGUGAGAUUGGUGGAAAUGUCCAGGAGUUGCCUUCAUUCACAGCUAAGCUCACAAAUCCAUUCCCUCUUGUUGGCUCUCCAGUAAUCUUCGACAAACUUCUGCACAACGGCAAUCAAGACUACAAUCCCCAAACAGGUAUUUUCACUUGUAGCAUACCAGGGAUCUACUACUUUGCUUAUCACAUCCACUGCAAAGGAAGUAAUGUGUGGGUGGCACUGAUGAAGAACAAUGAGCCAGUAAUGUACACUUAUGACGAGUACAAAAAGGGCUUGCUGGAUCAGGCUUCUGGAAGUGCUGUACUCCCAUUACGACAAGGAGACACUGUCCAUGUACAGCUGCCAUCGGACCAAGCUGCAGGACUUUAUGCCGGUCAAUAUGUCCACUCAACUUUUUCUGGAUACUUAUUGUAUCCAAUGUAAGAAACAUAUUUUAAAUAAAGGUGGUAGUAAUGACAUAUUGAAGGUUAAUUUUACCAUAUUGAUAAGAAAACUACUUCAAGCUCAAAGGCACAAUAUAGGUCAAAUUAAAUAGUUUACAAUGAGUGGUGAAAGAAUAAUCUUUAUUAUAGGAGCCAACAUACUUCAUUGAAUUAUUCUUUGCAUUAUAUGCCUCACCUCUGUUUUCACAUGCAUCAUUGGAGUCUAAGAAAAAUCUAUGAAAUAUGGAGCACAGUCUGUAUAUAAAUAUUGUGAUAGACCAUCUGGUUGUUGGCUAUGAUAUGUAGGAUGCAGCAUUUCUUGUAAGGGUUCUGUGUUUCGGAUGGCACAGUUCAAAGUGUAUUAUCAAAUAUCUCAGCUGUCAUAACUGUUUAAUAUUACAUUUAUUCUUAUAUCCAUCAACACACAAUAUAUUAAUAUCCAUGACUUGGACUAAUUCCUUGAACAAUGAGGCUUUAGGUUGCAGAAUUGUCUUCACUCUUCACUCAUUAUUUCUUUUGCUUUACAGUUAUAAACUGUACACUGGGCACAUACAAUCAUAUCGGUUUUAUGGUACUAUGCAUUUACUCAGUUAUCAUAACAUACAAUUCAUAUUUGGGGGUCAUCAUGUAGUUAUUAAGUUAUUGUUUUUUUAUGUUAUUUGGAAAAUGCAGCUUUUUAAUACAAGUAAAUAUUUGUCUCAAAAUGUUAAACCAUAUAUCUUAUCCAAACAAAUGCUAUAUCUCAGUCCAGAGCAGAAAAAAAUACUUUGUAGUUAUGCCCACAAUUUGGCAGGUAACCUAUCUUUGGAUUCUUUCCGUAUGGCCAUCCCAUGUCAUAAAUUUGUUGUGUUUGUACUAAAUAUGAAUUUUUUUGAAAGGUUUUUGUCAAUUUGUCAGAAUUCUCUGUAAUUUAUUUGUUUGACUACUGAUUACUUGGGAUUUGUUUGUUUGUUUGUUUUUAUUUUUUGCUAAACACAAAAUUAUGGAAUUCAUUCCAAAUGCAGAACACAACAAACAAGUUCUAUGUCAAAAAUAACACAUACCCAUUUAUAUCAGUAUGUGUCAGUGUUUUACAGUUUAAAUUUGUUGGUGUUCAAACAGUUUGUGCUAUUUUGGGACGAAAUUCUUUGAAACCUUUUUUCCUCCCUUUCGUUCAUUUCUUUGGACAAUGGUGCACAGCAUAAGCAAAUUAAAAACUGUGCCUGAAUUGAUGAAUUUUGGCCUGUGUUGCUUUUACUUGUGAUUUUAAAUAAAGUAAUGAAAACAUU